AUGGAGCAGCUCCCUGACGCCGAUGAGCUCUUUGGUACAGAAGCAGAGGACUCCGACGAUGACGUCUUGGUGGAGGAGGACGCAGGACGCCAUAGCGAGGCUGCCUUAGUACUGGAUGCCCUGGGUGUUCAAGUCCGCGAUGCCAGGGACGUUGAGAGUCGUGUGGUCGACAGCUGUGAUGCCAAGCUUCAGUUGCCAUCGAAGAUGGCCGAACUGACAAAAGUCGACCGGCAAAUCGAGGGGCUCUUGAAAAGAACGAAUGAACAGGAAGACCCCAAUAUCCCUGCGCUGAAGAAGGCGCUGGAGAACAGAGAGGUGCUGCACAGUGAGGUUCUGGAGUUGGAGGAUCGCGUGGCCAGCGCAACGGUUUCCGAACCCAAUCAGAAGAGCCACAAACCCUGGCAGAGGCUCAAGUCCUCCGGGUCCAGUCUCGACCUGGAGGAGCAGUCCAAGCUGGAGCAGGCCAUUGCGGCGGCCUAUGCAGCCGUGGAGCGCGUGGGCAGGUCGUCUUCAGGACUUGGAAGGGCUCCGUCCGGCGAGGUGACGCAGCGGGCGGUUGAAAGCAAGCGGAAGUCGGAGAGCCAGAGCCAACCGGGUCAGCUUGCCAGGGCCUCGUUGCCCAGGAAAGGUCAGAUCAAGCUUCCUUUGGCUGAGCAGGCGCUGCAGAGAAAGGUUGUGGACAAGUCAUUCUGGGAUGCAGACCCUGUUAAAGAGGAGAAGCGCAUGGAAGUAGAGCCAGCGUCGUCAUCUCUUCCACUGAGUGCUAUCGAUGUUAACCGAUUGAAGCCGCGAGCGGCGCAAGUACACAGUGUCUGGAAAGAGAACAACCCUGCAGAGUGGAGAGCUAUGCAGCUGCAAGGCGAACUAGUGCCUCCUCAGCAGAACCUCUUGCGCAAGCGUCCUGGUGCAAAGCGACACCAGGAAACUGCGCCUGCUGAAGCAAAGAAGGCUCGCCGGGAUGACGUGAACGAAAGUGUGUAUCAACGAAGGCAGGAGCUCUGGAAUCCCGGCAAAUCUGCGGCAGCGUGUCUGGUGCCAAAGCAGCAGUUGGACGAGGACGGGGAGCCCGUUUGCAAGCCCGAUCCCGAUCGCAAGAAGCCCAGGGUAAGGGUGAUGCAGGAAGAAAUCCAGGUUUGCGAAGGGCUUCGCUGCCCAAAGUGGCUUUGGCAAGCGCUCUAUCCAUAUCAACACCGUUGUGUGCAUUGGCUCUGGGGUCUCCAUCGCGACAAAAUGGGGGGGAUCUUGGCUGAUGAGAUGGGGCUGGGGAAGACUGUCCAGAUCAUUGCAUAUUUGGCGGUGUUGCACCACUCCGGCGUGCUACAGAACAUGAGGGUACAAAACACAUCCCUGGGAGCCGCUAGUCCACCAAGGACCGGUGGCGUCCUGAUUGUGUGUCCCGCGACGCUCAUUAGCCAGUGGCGGAAUGAGAUUCAUCUCUGGUAUCCGCCGCUCCGUGUUUGCCUUAUGCAUCAACUGAAUGAGGAAGACCGCAAGGAGUCUAUCCAGCAAGCUUCCUCGCAUCAAGGAGUUCUGAUCACAUCCUAUGAGACGAUGCGAAUCGCUAUUGAUGCGUUGCUCGAAGCGACAUGGGUUUUGGUCAUACUUGAUGAGGGCCAGAAAAUCAGGAACCCGCACGCGAGCAUCACCAUUGCAUGCAAAAGGUUCAGUACAGCCCACCGGAUCUUGCUUUCGGGCUCUCCGAUCCAGAACAAUCUGCAGGAGUUGUGGUCGCUCUUUGAUUUCGUCUGCCCUGGCCGCUUGGGAACCCUUCCCGUGUUUACUGAAGAGUUUGCGCAGCCGAUAGAAAGCGGUAAUUUGAUGGGGGCCACAGAGGUGAAGAUCGCAGCGGCCUAUCAGUGUGCCUUGGCCUUGCGGGAGCUCACGGAGCCCUGCAUCCUUCGACGAACCAAGGCCGAGUGCAUGGACGUACUGAACCUGCCCACGAAGCAAGAACAAGUGCUGUUCUGCCACCUCACAGCAGAACAGUAUCACCUCUACGUCCAGUUCCUCGAGACCGAGCAG